AUGUCGUACGGAUCAUCCAGGUUGGACAUGGACUGUUUUGAUAUCGACAACAUCUUUACAGCCGAGCGGUUGGUGGUGACGGGUGCAGAUGAGCCUGUCUAUGCACAUGCUGGAGAGGCUGUAACUCUCAGCUGUUCUGUGGACACCCAUGUUAAUGUGACAGAGCUUCAGGUGAAAUGGAUAAAGACAGACGAUGACGGUGACAUCUUGGUGCUUCUGUUCGCUGAUGGAGAAAACAGACCAGAGUCACAGGACAGGAGAUACUUUGGAAGAGCUGAAUUCCUCAGAGAGGAAAUUCCCAAAGGAAACUUCUCAGUGAAAUUGAGGAAAGUCAGGACUGAAGACAAAGGAGAGUUCAGGUGUGAAGUCCACUCAGAUACCGAUUCUGCCAGUACUACUGCCAGGAUAGCAGCACUGGGUUACUCAUCCCUGCAUUGGCUGAUUCUGGGGCUGUGCAUCGCUGUCACACCUGUAGUCCUACUUACUGGUGCAUUAUCUGUCAGGCAUUUAAUAAGGGGAGAUAAAAGCAAACAGGCUCUGUUGAGUCACUGGUCACAUGUCACAGUUCCACCAGUCAUGGUUUCCACAGCCUUCAUCCUGUGGGGUGUAACUGAAGGAUCCACAGAAGAGACUGUUACUUGUACUGCCAUCAGUCUGCUCUAUAUCCUGGUGUUGUUUCUUAUGGCUCCAUAUCAGAAAUCAUUCACAGUUACAUGGGGGAAUGUUAUCUUCAACACUCUGACAGCUGCAUUUCCCAUCAUUAUGGUUUGUGUCCUAACAGAUGCCAAACAUACUUCAGUGUUUUAG